AUGUCAAUAUUCAAAAUAAAACAGUGGUGGUCUAAUGAUAAAUCUCAGAGCGCGGAAUAUGAUGAUGGCAUUCAAAAUAGUAAUUGUAUUAAAGCAGAUAAAUUUGAAUCCCACAAAGAUAGUGAUUGCUUGAUUAUCGGCCAAGGUUCAUUGUUGAACAUAUAUAAACCUACUACUGAAAACAAAAAUCCUCAUCCAAUUUUAGAAACUAAUUUGAACGAAAUUAUAUUACAAGUAGAGACGGGUAAAUUUGUAGCAGAUUCAGCUGAUAGACAAAUAUUGUUAUUACAUCCAAAUAGCUACGUCGUUUACUUUUUAAAACGCAUUGGUGGUCAUGUAGAUGUCGGGGAACAAAACUCUCUUACUGAUGUUAUAAAACAUUCAUUCAUUAGAAGGGCUGCUAGUGUUAUUUCUGGCCCUUUCGGAGCUUCAAAAGGCAGAGAUCUAAUAUGUAUUCAAGCUAUGGACGGUACCUUAAGUUUCUUUGAUCAAGAUACUUUUUUGUUCAUGUGUGUUUUUAACGACAUCAUAAUACCAGGGCCGAUAUGUUACACAGCUAACAGUGAUCAAUUCGUCAUUUGUAAAUCGACUUGGAUAAUGGAAAUAUUCAGUUUUCAGCAAUUAAAUGAAUUAAGCGAAUUAAGUAUUCGGCAAAACAAGAAGAAUAUUCCUCAAUGGAGUUUUAAUCCGGGAGAGGAAAUUAUAUCUCUUCAAACCGUUCGAACUAGCAACAAUUUUUCUACAAUUGUAGCAAUAGGAGAAAGACAUCUAUAUUGCUUUCAAGAUAACGGUUUAAUGAAAUAUAUGAUUAAGUUCGACUAUAUGCCAAUUUGUUUUCAUGCAUAUUUGAUCGGAUGGUACUAUGAACCUAAUUCCAGAUUACUCAUAAUGGUAGCUUCUGAAGAUUCAAAGCUAAAUAUAUAUGAGGGAACAUCACUUUUAUGGUCUUGUGAUUUAAUGCAUAAAGUUAUAUCAAUAGCCCGUUGUUAUUUGAAUUCCUUAUCAGGAGGUAUUCUCACGCUUUCUACUGAAGGCGUUGUGAACGUUAGCUAUCUCGGAACGGAGCCAGAUUUAAAUGCAAGUGGAAAUGCAAUGAAUGAUAUUGCUGAUGCUAAUCAGAUUCAAGCAGAAUUAGAUAUCGUAGAAGAAUCUUUGAAAAAAAUAAUGGACGCUAAAGGAGAAGUGGAUGAAGAAGAUAUAGAACUUGACCAUUUGAUGAAAAUAAAAAUUGAUGUUGGAAAUUUAUUAAACAAACCUAUUACCGAUUUUUCCGAUAAUAGGAUGAGAGCUUUGCAAACAUGUCCUUUAAUUAUUAUAAUAACCUGCGAAAAUCCUAAAUUGAUUCAGAGUUUACAAAUAACUUAUUACUGUAUUCCACCUAUCGUUAGUUUAGAGAACACACAGUGCCUGGAUGAGAUAAAUGGCACUGAGAUAUUAGAAAAUUACCUGUUCUUGUUUGAUGAUGGCGAUGUAUCAGAUUGUGGAUUAAAUAUAGAAUUUACCGUCGUACAAAAUAAUGGCAAGAUACAUAUAUUUUCUAGAAGACUAAUAAUACCGAUUAAUUUUUAUUGCGUACCAACUGAGAUUGUAAUGGAAAAUGAUUUUAAAAUAAAUAUAAGUACAAAUAGGCCAGCUUUGGAUUUCGUUGAAAUUUUUAGUGAUUUCACGAGAGAUGAACUUAUAAAUUUUAUAACUGAAAAUAUGUUGACAUUAAAAUAUAGAACAUCAGACAAUACAGUCACCCUUAAAAUUUCUGAAAAUAUGUAUAGCAUAGAAGCAAAUGAUUUCAUGGAAAUGUCGCCAGUAAUAGAUUACAUUAUAAACUUCUUAAAAAGUUAUCAUGAAAAACAGGGUGCUAGUGAUUUUAGCAUACAUUGUAUAGUGAAUGGAGAAUUAAUAAAGCAAAUUAUACACGCAUUUUUAAAAAGUAUCGAAGGGCAUGCUAAAGAGAGGGUAAAAUUAAAAAAUUUAGAGGAAGAGCUGAACAUUCUUCAAAGACAAUUUACGUUAGUACAAAAACGCCUUUUAGUUCAAUAUGGAUCACUGCCGCCAGGAAACUGUGAUCCAUUGGAAUUUCUCAUGUACGAUACACACGAACGAAUAAAGAUGGCGGCGUAUGGAAUGAUACAGAGUAAACAAAAUGUUCUCAGUGCUGGUAACAAUUUAAGAAGAUAUGGUUCUUUAAUUGUUCACAUAUUGAAGCAAACGGUAACCGAUAAUUUGAAAUUAAAACUUAUAGAAGAAAUGUUAGCAUUGGACACUCUUAACGGCCAGUUUCAAGAAUGGGAAGAGGCUGUUGCACAAGGACUGUCUUACAUUCUGAACAAAAUAUUCAAGAAAUCUGACAAAGAUAAAGAAAAGCUAGCACCAGUCAUCGACCAAGGCAUACUUUCACAAACCAAUCUUAAAAAGCUUUUAAAGCAAUUGCGUAUUAUGUUUGAAAAGGUGUUUGCCGAUCAAAAUAUAGAGGAAAAGGGAAAGAUAACACGAAUAGAGGAAUUUGUUGAAGUGAUA